AGUGAUCAUACGACUGGUGAACAUGAUUCGGCUAUAGCAACUAGACUGGAUUUAUAACUAUUCAAGCGAUGCAGGAAGUCUAGCAAACGGAGAGAAAGAAAAAAAAGGGAAGAAAACGAGCAAGCAUUCGUAAGUGGUUUCCUGCUUUACCUUGCUUGGAAUAUAUCUCGAAGAGACGACCCCAGCAAGAAUCUAAGCACUUAAAAGAGGAAAUAAUGUAAACAAUCACCAAACUUCCACCUGGACCGCAGAACUUAGCGAGAAACUUACGAGCGAAGGGAGAAAUAGUACCAUGGACAAAGCAGGCUUAGGUAGCUAGCCGCGCUGGGACACGGCUUUCCUUCUUGUUCACAUCCAUAGCUAAAGAUCGCUAAUAUCUCUUGUCGCUCUCCCUCGUUUUUUUCCUCUCGCUCCUUGUUCUUCCGGUGGCCAUGGCCGAGGAGGAGAAACAUGUCGAGGGUGGCUCCCUGGAAGUCACUCCGACAUGGGCGGUCGCCUUGGUUUGCUCGAUCUUCGUCCUCGCGUCUUUCGGCCUGGUGCGAGCGAUCCACCACUUGGGCAGGGUAAUGUUAAGCCGAUCGAUCGGCCGAGCGAUCGGGCCACUUGGGCUUACGAAUCUACAUGCGUGUCAGUGCAGUACCUCCGCAGGCGCAAGGAGAAAUCGCUCUACCAGGCGCUGGACAAGAUCAAAGAAGAACUCAUGCUUCUGGGAUUCAUAUCGCUGCUCCUGACGGUGUUCCAGCCCGUGAUCGCCAGCAUAUGCAUGCCACACAACUUCAUCGAGCAUAUGCUACCGUGUAAAUUCGAUACCAAGACACUGACAUUGGCGGGAGAGGCUCCACACGGCGCCCCCAACGGGACCUCCGAAACUCCAUCGGGUCACGCACGGAGGCUCCUCGCUCUCAAUCGGCGUAUGCUCGCAUCCGAAUCCUCAAAAGAGGCCGCGGAGACGUCAAAGUGCUUCGCCAAGAAUAAGGUCCCUUUUGUUUCCAGAGAAGGCCUUCACAAGCUACACAUUUUCAUCUUCGUGCUGGCCGUAGUUCACGUAGUCUACAGCUGCCUAACGCUGAUAUUAGGAAGAUACAAGGUACACGGAUGGAGUGCCUGGGAAAGAAGGGCGCAAGCCGAACCGCAGACCGAGACACCAAGCAUAAAGAAGCGCGGCAAGCUUGUCAGACAGAGCACAUUUCUAAAGAAGCAUGCCAAUCCAAAAUGGAUAUCAUCAGACUUUCUCAGCUGGAUCGUUUGCUUCUUCCGACAGUUCGGGCGUUCCGUGACAUAUACCGAGUACCAGACACUCCGCCUGGGAUUCAUUCGAAACCACAACUUGACACCCUCGUUUGACUUCCAUAGGUACCUUCUUCGGGUACUGGAAGAUGACUUUAAGAAGGUUGUAGGCAUCAGUUUCUACCUUUGGUUUUUUGUGGUGCUCUUCCUAUUGCUCAACGUCAGCGGAUGGCACACUUAUUUCUGGAUUGCCUUUCUUCCGCUGGGGAUCCUUUUGGUUGUUGGAGCCAAGCUACAGAAUAUCAUAAUGGCGCUCGCGGUCGAGAUUGCGGAAGAGCAAAAGAACCAGUCGACCGUGGUGGUCAAUCUUCGAGACGAGCUCUUCUGGUUUAAUCGGCCGAAACUCAUCCUCUAUCUUAUUCACUUUGUCCUCUUCCAGAAUGCGUUCGAGCUCGCCUUCUUCGUGUGGAUAUGGGCAGCGUUUGGUUUCGAUUCUUGCUUCAUGGAAAAUCUUGGUUUUGUCAUCACGCGUCUUGUCAUUGGAGUCAUCGUGCAAGUCCUGUGCAGUUACAGCACUUUACCACUCUAUGCGCUAGUGACACAGAUGGGAAAACACUUCAAGUUUGGAGAAGAUAUACAGAGCGUACUGACGAACCUGCAUGCCAAAGCCAAGAAGAAGUCCGUGCACGGUGGCUCCGGAAGUGGCGGCGGUGGUGAGACAGCGGCCACAACAGCAGGAGCAGCAGCUCCGGCCAAGCCCAAUCUUCGGAUGGCUGCCGCUGCCGCUGCUGCUGCUGCUGCUGCGAAGAAAUCUUCUCAAGAUCCAGAAGAUCACGCGCCCCAGAAAACUUCCGAGCUAGAAAUGCAGCAACAAAAGCAACAUCUUGAUGGCGAGCACGAGGUAAAUUCUUGAGCAGGAAGAAUCAAACAAUGUAUAUUACCACCCCCGCUAUAAGCUUCUGUGGAGAGAGAUAUGCCAAUCACCUGAGUGUGAGAAAUUUUGCUAACCUUCGAAGAAACGCCCACUCGACAAAUUCAAAAAUCGGUUGCUUUUCAGCUGAA